AUGUUUCAAUCACAUGAUCAUCAUGUUAAAGAUAAUGUUUGUUUAACUCGUUCACCAUAUCGUAAUGGUAAAAAAUUACGUGCUGUAAAAGUUUAUACAAUAGCUCAAGAAUCAAAAUAUCUUCUUAUACAAAAUAUUCCAUCAAUAGCUGGUGUUGUUGAACAAUUACUACCAUAUUUUAAUCAAUAUGGAAAUAUUGAACAAUAUUGGAGAUUAGAUGGAUAUAUACGAAAAGAUUCAACACAAGAUGAUGAAUUUUUUGAUACUAUCUUAAUUAAAUUUAUACAAAUACAACAAGCACGUAAUGCUAAACGUCAUCUUGAUGAUAUGAAUUUUAUGGGAUCAAUUUUACACAUAUGUUAUGCACCUGAAUGUGAAAGUCUAGAUGAUUUAAGAGAAAAAUUAAAUGAACGAAGAACAAUUGUACAACGUAAAAGUGAAAUGAAUAAUUAUGCAAAAAGAAAAAAAUCAACAAUGAAUACUAUUCGACAAAAUACACCAAAAAAACAAUGUAAAAUUGUAUAUAAACAAUCAACUCUUAUUCCAAAAAAUGAUUCAAUAUCGUGUCCAACUAAUACAAUUGAAUCACCUUCGUUAAAAUCAUUUGAAAGAACAACGAAUGAAAUUCGUAGUAAAAUGCGUGAAAUUGUACAAAAAUCAAAUUUAAUUCCAAUUGUUUUACAACAAGAUAUUAAAAAGAGAAAAAGAUUACAGAUAUAA